AUGUGUUGGCAAUCGAAUGAAAUUUGGACCAGUCAUCUGUUAAGUAUCUUCUUAUUCCACAACACAAAUAAUUUUGGAGAAAUCAUACGUGGUACAAGGAUUUCCGACUCAAGUAUACGAUUCGACUCUGAUUCCGAAAAGUCCAGCUCCAGCUCCAGCUCUAGCUCCAAUUCCAGCCUCACUUUAAGUUCUAGCUCCAAUUCCAGGUCCAGGUCCAGGUCAAUUUCACCUGUUUCUUCUAGGCAACCUCUUCGUAUAACACUCCCAGAAUUAAGUAUGAGGACCGCUCCACCUCUUGGCGCUCCACGUGUUGUUACACAUGACCCAUAUCAUCCUUCUAACUAUAUUCCUGCUACUCUGAGUAGACCAUUGGAAUGGGAACGCUUCAGGUUUCCUGUAUUUCGCGGUCUAAAAUUUUUUGGAAUUCCAGUUGUUACCACGGAUAAAACAGAUCCUGCAUUAAUGCUGUUGGAAGACGACUAUAUACGUAUACCAACAAAAAAAAAAUUUCCGGUACAAGUAAGCCCAGCUGGAGAAAUCUUUGGAUUUAAACGCCCACCUAGGCCUACUCCCUUUAGAAUUUUCGAAGGUCCUACAAAUAUAAUGGUAGCAGUCCACAAAGAUUACCCCCAUUGGACUAGACCUAUCACCGAUCAUGAAAAAGCGUUUUUGGAGAACUAUCCAUAUGGUGUGUAUUGAUUGCACAAAGAUUCAAUUAAAGUAAAGACCAUUUGAAUUAUGAAAAUUGAACAUCGUUAUACUUGUUUGCCCGAUAGUAUAAUAUAAGGUGGGAUAUAAUUUGUAUGAUAUCUUGAAUUAUUAGUAAUAAUAAUCUAAAAUUUUAAGCAGUUAAUUCAUUUCGUUCACACUAAUACAAUCCGUUUGCAGCAUGAAGAUGGUUUCUAAGAGAUGCUUUUGUUGUUAACAUUCUAAUUAUUUUGUGUUAAAUUUAUGUCAAAUUUAAAUUGAUUGGUUUUCACCAAGACUUUAUUUUUUUAAUUACAUACUUUUAAUCUCUAAAAAUACAGGACAAAGUCGUUAACCCA